AUGGAACAAGUAUUUAAGAUAGAUAUUUCAGAUAUUUGUAAAUUACUUAAAAUACAAUAUUCAUUGCGUAUUUUAGUCGAUCGAAGUGAAGACGUUAGGAAGGAAGCCUUAUUUCGGUUGAAAGAUAUUCUUAACAACAACAUCAUAUUCAAGGAAUCACCUGAUUGCCCAACAGUUGUUAACUUGGAAGUCCUAGUUAGACAUCUCAUUCAAUGGUUUCAAUUACGUCCUCUUACUCAAGAACACGAAGUGUUAAAUUUAUUAACGCUUAUUAUAAGCCAAAAGGAACUUUUGAACGCUGUUACACAUCAUAUUGGUAUCAGCAGCCUCAGAGAAGAAUUUUUAAAAAUCGGAAACUUAAAGCUCAAUGAGAAUUGCAUGAUUAAAGUCCAGAAGAUCAUUGAACUGCUCAAUGACUAUGAGACUGGUAUUGUACCUGAAAUGAUGCAAGAGCAGGACUCAUCACAAGAAAAUAACUCUGAUAGUUACACCAAUUGUCUGACAGCUAGAAAUCGAAAAUCUAUUUCAAAUCCUGUUAAGGACGAGGAAUUAUUCUGGAUCAGACUUGAAGGAAAGAACAAAGAUAUUUUCAACGCAAUCAAUAACAUGUUGUUGCACUACAGACAAUCGGAUACUGGAAGAAAAAAUUUCGAUUUAUUUCUCAAAAAUACUGACGAAUUUCCAAUCGAGUUUUAUUUUCAAUCGCCAAAUGUCCUUUCAACAGUCAUUAAUAUGAAUAUAUCUGAUGAUGAAAAUACAUCAAUCAACAUUAUAAAGUUCAUCCGUUUCAUCGUUAAUUCUAUUCAAAGUCGUUUGAUAGAAUCAUUCGAAUAUGCUGAUGAUCAAGAACUGAACUUUCCAUCAGUGAAAAAUCAUUUUAAUCAAAUCAUGACGAUGCUCACGAUUUACUUUGAGACUUUACAAAAGAACUUCAGUCUGGAUGUUUUCAAGAAGAAUCUGGACUAUUUAAAUGAAGUUUAUCUGCUUUUAUUUGAUGUUUCAUUUUUCAUCAGAAAGACAAAAAAUGCCUGCGAAACUGAUUUCAAUCAACUUAUAAAUGCAAUUGGCAAUUUUGCAAAACUUUUGCGAACUUACAAAACUCCACUAAACCGUGAUUUAGGAGUUAUCAGAGUUCAUUAUAUGCUUUCAAUUUAUUCAAUCAAUUUCCUCGUCUCAUCUGUUGACACCACAAAAAUUAGCGAAAAAUAUCCAAACAAUGCAUGGGAAUUUGAAUCGAAUUUUGCAAUGUUAGAUGGAGGUUUAAAGAUGUCGCAAUGUCAAAUAUAUUCAAUGGUGAUCAAUAAUCGAGUAAGCAUCGUAAAGAAAGAUAAUGAAUUAUCACUUUUUCUUAACUCACGACUUAUGUGGCGACCUGUUGUUCAAUUAUUUCAAAAUUGGUACAAAAUGUCUGGCGAGGAAAUUCUUAAAAUAGGCGUUGAUGCUCUUAAGACAAUUUGCAUUCAUAGAAGUUUAGAAUUAGUCAAGUUGUUGACAACUUCUAUUAAAAAUUGUUCAAAGCAAUAUGCCGAUAAUUUGAUGCUUAAACAAUUAGCUCAGGAUAUCUUUCUACAAUUGCUUUGUACUGAAAUUCUUGAAAUUCGCCAACAUGCAUACAGCUUUGCUAAGAAAAGCAUUCAAGAAAAGAUUAAUGAUAAACCCAAAGAUGAUCCAUCUUGUGAUGACAGUCUUUGUCAUAUUUUUGGUAUUCCAAUCAAGACUGAAAUCUUCACUGAAAUUAUUUGCUUUGGCUUAACUGAUGUGGAUGAGGAAAUUCGAAAAUGUUCCAAAUCUAUUUUUGUCGUUUUACUUCGAUCAAAAAUUAUUUUUUCUGAACGUCAUUGGCUGAGAAUUUACGACAUAAUGAAGCCUGUUUUACCAUUGCCAACUGCUGUGUUGAAAGAUCACAACCACAUGGAUAUGCUUGUUAAUGGCUAUUAUCAGUCAAGUUCGUCACAUCACCAACAUCAACUUAAUCAGGCAUUAGCCAGAUUUUUCUUCUCCAAAGAUCCAGAAUCACGAUCUGCCGCCAAGAAGAAUUUGUUGAAAAACUUAAGAUUUGAAGAAGAUUCCAUAGAAGUUAUUCCCGAUGAUUUUUGUAUCCUUCCCAAGCACAUGGUGAAAUUGUUGGCCCUUCCUAAUAAUGUUGGGUAUGAUGAAGAGAACUACAAAGAAAUUUACAGAAUUUUCAAAAACCCAAAUACUAUUAACAAGGAAAACGUUACAUCGCUUCUCAUUCAGCUGAGUGGUCUUAUGAAUUCAAGAGAACUUUGUCACAAAUCACACGAUGAUAACAUUUGGAUUUAUUUUACGGCUAACUAG